GCCUCCAAUCCCAGGAAGCAAAACACGCUCGGAACCUGAGUGAGGCAUGGAGUGACACUUUCGACCUGACCUAGGAACUCACACAUUCGGCAUUUAAUGUAGUUAUUAAAUUUUUUAUUUAAAAAAAAACAACAACAACGAGGAAUAAGUGUGUGAUUCGUGGUGGAGCUACUGCUGGGACUCAAACACUCGUCGGACAUUUAAACUCUCUCCUGGCGGCUCCCGGGUCUGUUUGACAAUGAUCCCCAUGACGUCUACCAUUCCUAAAGUCUUAUUAGAAGGGACAGCGCGGAGAGUCAUUUGGGAGGACUAGACGCGAAGGAUCCACAACGGCGUGAAUCAUGCCCUUGCCCUUCGGCUUGAAGCUCAAGCGCACAAGAAGGUACACCGUUUCCAGCAAGAGCUGCCUGGUCACCCGCAUCCAGCAGCUCAAUGGCGAGUUUGUGGAGUUCACGCUGUCAGUGGAGAGCACGGGCCAGGAAUGUUUGGAGGCAGUCGCUCAGAGACUGGAGUUAAGAGAGAUAACGUUCUUCAGUCUAUGGUACCUGAACAAACAGAACCAGCAGAGGUGGAUCGACCUGGAGAAGCCGCUAAAGAAGCAGCUGGACAAGUAUGGCGUCGAGCCCACCGUCUACUUCGGAGUGGUGUUCUACAUCCCCAGUGUUACGCAGCUGCAGCAGGAAAUCACGAGAUAUCAGUAUUAUCUACAGUUGAAGAAGGAUGUGCUGGAGGGCCGCAUCUCAUGCACUUUAGAACAAGCUAUCCGUUUGGCUAGCCUCGCCGUGCAAGCGGACUUUGGAGACUUUAAUCGCUACGAUUCCCAGGAUUUUCUCCAGAAGUUUGCGCUGUUCCCUAUCGACUGGAUCCAAGAUGAGCGAGUUCUGGAGGAGGCUACUCAGAAAGUGGCCCUUCUCUAUCAGUCUUACAGGGGAUUGUCGUCUCCAGAGGCCGAGAUGUUGUACAUGCAGGAGGUGGAGAAAAUGGAGGGCUACGGCCAGGAGAGCUACCAAGCCAAGGACAGCACGGGCUCGGAUGUGACGCUGGGCUCUUGCCUUGAUGGGAUCUUUGUGAAACACAAAAAUGGCAGGGCUCUUCAUUUAUUCAGGUGGAAUGAAAUUAACAACAUGAGUCACAACAGGUCUUUCUUUGCCUUGGAGUUGCUCAACAGAGAGGAGAGUGUCCAGUUCCAGACCGAAGACAUGGAAACUUCCAAAUAUGUGUGUCGUAUGUGUCUGGCCAGACUCAAGUUUUAUAAGAUCAACAAGAGCAGCCUGGAGGAGUGUGACCCCAUGCCUCCUGAGGGCUCCCAGAAGUCUCUCCUCACUCUAGCCUUUCCUCGUUUUCCAAUGCUCUCCCGUCCCUCUCUGCCUUCCAAUAAGGGACAAACGCCACCUGCAGUCAUCAACCCGGUCAGGCGUAGGUCGUCAACAAGAUUGUCCCUGCAGCCAAAGCCUCAGGGCUACAUGAUGCCCCCGCCACAAAUGCACUAUAAUGGCCAUUUCACGGAGCCUUACACCUUAUCGCAAGACAACCUGUACAUGAACAGCCAGAAUGGUUACUACUACCACUCCCAGACCAGCUUGGACUGUCCACCUAUGGAGUACAGCAGCGGCGGGCGCUUGCGUAACGGCAGCGUGUAUAGCGCCCACAGUACCAGCUCCCUGACCAACCCCCAGCACUACCUCCAGCCCUCACCAAUGUCCUCCAACCCCUCAAUCACCAGCGACAUCACCCGGCCUGACUACGUGCCCACGCAUCGCCAUAGCGCCCUCAUCCCGCCUUCUUACCGCGCCACUCCUGACUACGAGACUGUAAUGAGGCAGAAGAACCGAGGAGGCGGGGGGAUGCUCUUGUCCCAGGAGCACCGUCAGAGCCACUCCAUGAGGAACCUGAACAUCGGGCACUCGUACGCUUACAGCAGGCCGGACCCACUUGUUUACAGUCAGCCCGAGAUCAGGGGAGAGCAUGGUGGCGCCGCCCAGCACCACCACCACUAUCCCUUCCACAUGGGCUCCAGCUUUCACAGCCCAUCGCCGUACCACCCUUACCCCAUCGAGAGGAGACCUGUGGUGGGGGCGGUCAGUGUCCCGGAGCUCACCAACGUCCAGCUACAGCAAGCCCAAGAGUAUCCGGCCCCCAACAUCAUGAGGACGCAGGUGUAUAGACCACCGCCGCCGUACCCGUACGCUCACCCUCGGCCCGCCAACAGCACGCCAGACCUGUCGCGCCACCUUUAUGUCAGCAGCAGCAACCCAGACCUGAUCAUCACACGCCGUGUGCACCACUCUGUCCAGACUUUCCAGGAAGACAGCUUGCCUGUGGCUCACUCCCUGCAAGAGGUUUCCGAGCCUCUUUUGAGCGGACCCGCGCACAGACCGCCUUACCACGCACAGAAGCGCAACUCCAUCGAAAUCGCAGGACUGGCACAGAGCCUCGAGGGGAUGCGGCUGAAAGAGCGGCACGUGUCCUCUUCGGCGGCCGAAGCGGCCACGCCUCCUGCGGCCCCGCGUGGAGGUCGAUCGCAGGGUUCCCAGCUCAAUGUGUUUUUGGAGCGAGCCAAGACAGAAGACAGGGGUGACACCAAGGACGUGCAGUAUGGACACAAGAAAUCCAUCUCCGACGCCACCAUGCUGGUGCACAGUAGUGGCGAUGAGGAGGAGUUUGAGGACAAUUUAGGGCGCCACACCCCGCUCUCUCAUGAUGCAAUAGCUGCCAUCAUCCCAGAGCAGCCUCUGCAUCACACCUUCACAGCUCCUCAACAACAGACUCCCCUGGAGCCCCCCCCUGCUUAUCCCAUCGGCUCGACUCUGGACCCCUCGCUAGCUUCCGCCCUCACCUACAAAGUACACCCCCUGAUUCACGAGACUGAGCCACUGUACCUGCGUGAGGUGCGGCAAGCCAGAAUUAUGCCCUCUGUGUCGGAGGGAGACCUGAGCGGCGAGGCCAAGACCAAGUCCAAGAAGGACUUCAAGAAGAGGCCCGUGUCUGACGUGCCUCAGGCCAAGAAGACCAUCGAAGGUUUACCUCCUCCAGGCAUGAAGAAGAGUGUGCGGUCGGAUGUGAGGAAGAUGGGGCCCCUGAAAGUUGCCAAUCUGAACGGCCUGUCAAUAUCCAGGCACCUGGCGCAGAGCGAUGUCAAGGACGAGCCUGAACAAGACUCUAAUGACGAGAGGUGCAAAGUCCUGGAGCGGCACAUGGAGAUGGGCGAGCUGCUGAAGGAGUACGAGAGCAUCCCCAAGUGUCGUCCGGCGGCUGAGUGCACAGUCGCCCAGAUGGCCGAGAGCGCAGACAAGAACCGCUUCCAUGACGUGCUGCCUUAUGAUGACACCCGUGUGGAGCUGGUGCCCACCAAGGAGAACAACACGGGCUACAUCAACGCAUCGCACAUUAAAAUCACCGUCGGAGGACAUGAGUGGAAUUACAUCGCCAGCCAGGGUCCUCUUUCCAACACAUGCCAGGACUUCUGGCAGAUGGUGUGGGAACAGGGCGUCGCCAUCAUUGCCAUGGUUACCGCCGAAGAGGAGAGCGGGCGAGAGAAGAGCUUCCGCUACUGGCCUCGGCUUGGCUCGCGGCACAACACGGUGACGUACGGCCGCUUCAAGAUCACCACGCGCUUCCGCACCGAGUCGGGCUGCUACGCCACGACGGGCCUGAAGAUCAAACACCUGCUGACGGGCCAGGAGCGGACCGUGUGGCACCUGCAGUACACAGACUGGCCAGACCACGGCUGUCCAGAGGAUUUCAAAGGCUUCCUCACCUACCUGGAGGAAGUCCAGUCGGUUCGGAGGCACACCAACAGCAUCAGUGACCCAAAGAACAGCAACCUGCCCGUACUGGUGCACUGCAGCGCCGGAGUGGGCCGCAGCGGCGUGGUCAUCCUGUCCGAGAUCAUGAUCGCCUGCCUGGAGCACAACGAGGUGCUGGAAAUUAAGACCGUGCUGAUGAAGCUACGCCAGCAGAGGAUGAUCAUGGUCCAGACCUUGUCCCAGUACACCUUCGUCUACAAGGUGCUGGUCCAGUACCUCCGCAACUCCCGCCUCAUCUGAGGACCCCCAAAGAUGUGCUUUGUGCUACUGCUAGGCUGAUCCACCUCUCCCCUAAACAGUAUUAUAGGUUUUUUUUUUUACAUUGAUUAUUGCUGGAUGAAGCACUUUGAACUGGGUGGUACUGUGUUGUACCACCCAUGUUGCGUCAAAUGACGACCAGUGUGACUUAUUGACAAAUGAAGCACAAGGUGACAAAUGAAGGAAAAAGAACAGCAAAGAGAGAUUUUAUUUUUGUUUUAAACUUGAACAGUUUUUUAAUUUAAACAUUUGAUCAAGUGCCUUCAGACUGUAUUUUUUAUUUUUUUAAGACGAAGCAAAGUUUGAUUGCAGUGAAACAAAAGUGUUUGUGUGAUGUGUGUGUGUGUGUUGAAUUGUUACAACAAGGAGGUCAGUUACAAGCUUACACAUGCAUGAACAAUGACACUGUCUGUGUCUUUUAAAGUCCCGAAUUUGCUUCAGGGUUUCUGAUUUUUUAUUUUAUUUUUUUUUAUUUUAACACUGAUGGAGUCUUAGUGGAAGCCAGAGUGGUUUUCUUGUGGUCGUUUUGUCAAUGUCCAGGUGUUUGUUGAUAAUGUAUACUUACUGUACAAACUGUAUAAAGUCUAUCUAUGAUGCAAAAACUAAAUGCUGUGCCUUUUGAAAUGUAUUUAAAUAAGAGCAUAAAAAAUGUGACUACAGGGUUCUUACACAUUUAAGAUUUCAAAAUUCCAUGCCCCAAUUUUCAGACUUCUUGGUUUAAAAAAAACAACAAUCUAAUAACUUUUGAGUAAAUACAUGUGUAUCAUUCUGAGUCUUUAUAUCCCAUUAUGUCGCCCAAUAAUUUCCAGAAGAUUAUUGCUAGGUAAUGUAGCUCAUGCAAAUAAAGACCAAAGCAAGGUGACAAGACGAGUGCUUUUUGCCCUGCAUGACUCACAACCGCUGCCUUCCCCAUGUUGAUGUCAAACCAUUUCACACAUUUAGUUUAGUUAAGUCUGUUUUGAAACUCUACUUUUAAACCCUAAUCCUGUUUUGAAAGAAACCCUAAUUUAAAACCCCAAAUGCUGUUUUGAAACCCUAACAUGAAACUCUAACCCUUACUUACUUUGAGACCCUAACCCUAUUUUGAAACCCCAAAACUCUUUAAACCCUAAUUUGAAGCCCAAACCCUGUUUUGAAAGUCUACUUUGAAACUCUAACCAUAUUAUAAAACCCUAAUUUAAAAUCCCUUGUUUUGAACUGACUUUGAAACCCUAAAACUCUCUUUAAACCCUAAUUUGAAACCUGAACCCUGUCUUGAAACACUAACCUUUUCUUGAAACCCUAAUAUGAAACGCUACCCCUUGUUUUGAACUUACUUUGAAACCCUAACCCUGUUCUGGAACCAUAAAGUCUCUUGAAACUCUAACGCUUGUUUUGAACUUACUUUGAAACCCUAACGCUUGUUUUGAAAACGUAAAACUGUCUUGAAACCCUAACUCUGUCUUGACUGGAUGGCGCAGGGUAUCAUUUAAAAUAUUGAGGGUGAAGUGUUCGGUUCCUAUUUUGUCCGUUAUUGUGCCAGGAAGUGUCUCAGCGUUUUAAUCGCCUAUUAUGUUGUUUUCUUGGCGUUGAUUUCAGUUUUACGGAGUGAAGUCUUUGUGCUGUUCUGUCUCUUCAUUUUCCCCCUCAAAUUUCUCAGCAACAUCCCAGUCAUCAAAUUGUCAUCACCAAAUAAAGUAAAUGAUUGAAUCAC